GAUAUAGACCAACUUGAUCAUCGACCACUACCUUCAGAAUCAGAUACGCGUAUCAUCCAACGAGAAGCAGGACGAUGGCCGAGGCUUUACUCUCGCAGAUUUUGACGCAGCUCAAUUUGUUGCAGGCCAAUCAGCAGGCUAUGCAGGCAAAGCUCGAUGCCCUUUCCGACCCUCCUUCCCCAAGGGAGCGAACUGGUAUCUCAAUACCUCAACCCCGCAAGCAAGCCUCAACAGACUCCUUCGGCACCCCACCUUCGGCUUCCUUUUCAUCCUCUUUGCCGCGGUCUGCCUCGGCUUCCAUCACACAGACAAUUGUACCUUCAUCUACAUCCAUAAAGGAUCCAAAGGAACGCGAAAAAGCACUUUAUCCAGGACGAGUCCUUCUUACGACAUACCCGGACCAACACGGCAUUUCUCCUGUCAAUCUCGUGUGGGGUGCUUCCUCACCUCUCGAACGAGGCCCGAUAAUAUGUUCCAGGUUACCGGGGAGUAUAAGAAAGCGAAACGCCAUCGGUGCACAUUCUGGGAGUUAUUCAAUCUAUAGGGCUUUGGCUAUUGCUAUGGGCACCCUGGACCCAGCACAUCGACCCGAUUAUAGCAAGACCGAGCCGCCCGUAGAUAUUCCUCCCAAUGAGACUUGGUAUGGACUUAAGGAUGGAAGUGAUAAGGGACAUAAGAUUGUUUCUUUCGAUCCUUGGGGGCAUCUGGUGCCCGGUGUCUUCAAGGAGUUUAUCAAGUCCAAGGAAGAGGGUGGAAUGGGUCUGGACGUUCGCCCCAGUAUCGCCGUCACCCGAGCACACAUCAAGCUUUCGGAGAUAGACGAGUCUGUGAGGCGAGGCGAAAUUGCGGUUGACGGCAAGAUCGUCCUCAAGUCCCUGCCUUUGAAGAAACCAGACGGAAGCAUUGAUGAAAGUAGAGAUGGUGGUGUCGAGAUCAAUGUAUCCAAGGCCGCAGUCGAGCCUGUGUGGUGGUUGCCUGGGGUUGCGGAGAGGUUCGGGAUCUCCGAAACCUUACUUCGCCGUGCACUUUUCGAAGAUACUGGAGGAAUGUACCCUGAGCUCGUUACACGGCCUGAUAUCAAGGUCUUCCUUCCACCGAUCGGAAACCUUACUGUGUAUAUAUUCGGAACCCCCGACUUUUUGAGGGACCCGUCGAAGGAAGUCACGGUGCGGGUGCAUGAUGAAUGUAACGGCUCUGAUGUCUUUGGAUCCGAUAUCUGUACCUGCAAACCCUACCUUGUUUAUGCGAUCGAAGAGUGUAUAAGGACUGCCCAACGUGGAGGUGUGGGCGUUGUAGUAUACUUUAGGAAGGAAGGAAGGGCGUUAGGGGAGGUCACCAAGUACCUCGUAUAUAAUCUCCGCAAAAGAGGAGGCGAUUCUGCAGACAAGUACUUCAAGAGUACCGAGAUGAUUGCCGGUGUUAAAGAUAUGAGGUUCCAGGCCCUCAUGCCCGACAUCCUCCACUGGCUUGGUAUCACCAAGAUUGACAACAUGGUGUCUAUGAGUGAUAUGAAGUACGACGCCAUUGUGGGAUCCGGAAUUCCGAUUAAGAAACGCUACGAUAUUCCUGAACACCUCAUUCCACCUGACUCCCGGGUGGAGAUUGAUGCGAAGAUUGCUGCUGGGUAUUUCACGAGUGGGAAGAAGCUCACUGAACAGGAUUUGGUCAAGACUGUUGGGAGGACUUGGGAGGAGAGCGAUCAUUGAGAGGUGUCUACUAUGAGGGGUUCGCUUUCUUUACUUAUCUCUUAUGGCGUGUUUCGGGGGAAAUGUACGAGAAACGUAGGUCUGUUACUUGGCCUGUUUGAAACGAUGGCAAGCAUGUGCAGACUAUAUGCUUGCCAUCGUCAGGUAGGGAUCUCGGUCAGGUCAACGAGAAACAUAAAAUUGUCACAGGUAGAGUAAACUGUAAAAGUCAUACUGUAACUACGUUUGCAAAUUCUUCUUUCUAGUCUGUAAUGUCGUAAAAUUCGAAUGUAGAAUCCCAGCUGUUGUAAAAACGCGUUUUUCGAUGUGACUGCGACGAUGGUGCCAGUUUCGUUACCUUCCAUAGCCGCAACAUGCUCUAUGACAAUGCGUUGAUUUUCUCCCUUCACUCUUGCGCCGACAUGACUCCGGCCGUCCGCGUCAUCGACCGUCCAAACUU